AUGGAUCAGUACAAGCAUUUUAGCCACAUCCAUGGCCUACUUUUCCACCAGAUGCCACAAGGUUCAGAAAUCCAUUGCUCAGGUUGCAACUCCUCUGGUUCAGGAUGUGUCUAUGUGUGCUGGCAAUGCAAUUUCUUUCUUCAUGAACAGUGCUUUCAAGCAAACCGAUCUAUGAAACACCCAUAUCACCCCACCCACUCUCUAACCCUUGUCCCAUAUCCAACUUAUCCCUCUAAUUCCUUCUUCUGCAAUUCCUGCUGCCAAGUUGGAACUGGGUUUUCUUACAGCUGUUCAGAAUGCGAGUUUGAUCUCCAUGUCCAUUGUGCUUACAUGACUCAAACAACACCCCAUGUAUCUCAACCUUAUGGAGGCUCAGUGUACGAGACUGAUCUUAUUAUUCCAGGGUCCGAGGAGCCUCAGAUGUACGCAGUCGCAGCCUCACCAUUAACUCCUAAAUCACAAUGGAACAACCAAACUGAGACGUUAAGGCUCACCCUCGAAUCUCAUCCCAAUGGCCCUUACCAAAAUCAGUCUAUCCCCAAUGAAACACCAACUUUUAAUGCUCAAUAUACUUGCAUGCCUCAAACUCUGCCCAGUGUUAAUGCCCCAGACUUUUCUGCUAGUCCUCAGAUGCCACCACCGGCACCGGCAAAUCAGCCAGGGAAUGUUCUUUACCAUAAAACCAAUCAAAUGAAGAUACAGGAGACAAAGAAUCACAGUCAUCACCAUUCCUUCAAUCCAUCUGAAGAGGUGAAGGAAGGUUUGAAGGUUUCUUCCGGUGGUGAACAAGACCCUUUGGUGGCUAACGGCCGCCCCGGGCAGUCGUGGAACCACCACAAUUUGACGGAAGAGAUUCAGCACAAAUCUCAUCCCAACCACCGUCUUGUGCUCCUCCCAACCCCACCAUACAAAGACGAUGGUGCCUUCACUUGCAAUGCUUGUUUCAAAACUGGCACUGAUCUUGUCUACCACUGCUCAAUUUGCAAAUUUGACCUACACGUCGACUGUGCCACCUUGCCGGAGACUAUGAACCGUGAAGAUCAUGAACACCCACUCACUCUUCUGUUUUCCUCUCCUUUCAAAAAUGGGGAAGAAGGGAAAGAGAACUUGAUCUUUGUCUGUGAUGUUUGUCAUAGUACUGUCCAAGAAAGUUGUUGGGUUUAUUACUGUAAGUGUAAAGAAUGUGAUUACGGGACUCAUGUGGAUUGUGUAGCAGAUGAGGAACGCCCAGAAAGAAAAUCAGAAGUGGGUUCAGUUCUUGCAGCUCAGAUGGAGUUGCAAAGGCUUAAGAUUCAGAUGCAAAUGGCUACCCAAAAUGCACAAUUGAUGGCCAGCUUUGGACAAAAUUUGGCCAACCUAGUUUAG